AAGUUGAUUGAUAAUUGAUUUUUUAUCAACCAAAAAAAAAUCUUGUCUUUAAAUUGAAUGAUAAAAUCGUUUUUUUUCUUCUUGGCAGAGGUGAAAAACUAGCAAUAAUUUUGGUCAGCAUUAAAGUAAAUAGGAAAAUAUGUUAAGAAACGUAUUACGUGGUUAUCGUUCGUCCAUCAUAUCACCAUCAUCAUCAUCAAUAUUAUCAUCAAAUUCAAUAUGGACAAAUCAUUCGGCAAAUAUUUUAAAAUGUCAACAAAAAUCGGAUGAAAAUCCAAUGAAAAAUGAUGAUAUAAAUCAACCACAUCAAAUACCUGAACGUGUUAAAUAUGUAAUCGAUGCUGAAAAUCCAUCAUUUUUUCAUAUGGUUGAAUAUUUUUAUCAUCGUGGUUGGCAAAUUGUUGAAGAUAAAUUAGUUGAUGAAUUAAAAGGUCGUAUGAGUAUUGAAGAGAAAAGAAAAAAAAUUCGUGGUUAUUUAAGUAUUAUUGGUCCAUGUCAUUCGGUAUUGGAAGUAUCAUUUCCAUUAAAACGUGAUAAUGGUGAAUAUACAAUGAUAAAAGGUUGGCGUGCACAACAUAGUCAUCAUCGUUUACCAACAAAAGGUGGUAUACGUUAUAGUACGGAUGUUUCAUUGGAUGAAGUAAAAGCAUUAUCUGCAUUGAUGACAUUUAAAUGUGCUGUUGUUGAUGUACCAUUUGGUG